CCGCCCGCGGCCGUGCCCAGCUGCGGCCGGCCCGGGCACACGCGCACCCGCGCGCUCCGGGAGCUUGACAAGGAAUUUAGAACUUGUUCCAGGAAUACGGAACACUUUAUAUUCAGGAAUACAAGAAAAACAGCAAAGUGGAGUCAAGUGCAUGCAGCAGCUUCAUGGGCUUGAAGGAUCAUCUGGGGCAUGACUUAGGCCACCUUUAUGUGGGGAGCACUGGCACAGAGAUAAAUGCAAUUGUACCUUGGUCGAUGGCGGAGAAGCCAACAAUGGAUAAGGUUAAUUCUAGGAAAGAAGACAGAGAAAAGGAGACAUCUGAAGAGACUUCUGGAAGCUCCAGCUGUGACUCUGAAGAAAGCACAAAUUCUGAUAAUGAGUCAGAGAGACUGAAUAAUUCUGCAUCGGAGUCACAUUUAUUGCCUAAGACUCAUCGACAGCUGUGCCGAUCUCUUUGCUUAGAGCCUCAUAUACUAAAAAGAAAUGAAAUCUUGCAAGACUUUAGGAUAGAAGAGGCUCAGAUAGUACCUAAGGAAGUCAAAAAGCCUCCUGAUGUGGUGAAAGAAUAUCAAACCAAACUGGAGUUUGCACUUAAGUUGGGUUACUCUGAAGAGCAGGUUCAACUUGUACUAAAUAAACUUGGUACUGAUGCUUUAAUAAAUGAUAUUUUGGGAGAACUUGUCAAACUUGGGAAUAAAACUGAGACUGAUCAGACUGUAACUAAUGCUAACACUAGUGUAAUGCGUGAAGCGUCUUCCAUAGAGUCUCAGAGGUCAGAGUCUCCACUGCAGGAGGAUGUGACAGAGGAUGGAGACAACCUGAGGCCAAUAGUUAUUGAUGGCAGCAAUGUUGCAAUGAGCCAUGGGAACAAAGAAGUAUUUUCUUGUCGAGGAAUCAAACUGGCAGUAGAUUGGUUUUUGGAGAGAGGCCACAAGGAUGUUACUGUGUUUGUGCCAGCAUGGAGGAAAGAACAGUCAAGACCAGAUGCACUUAUAACAGAUCAAGAAAUCUUACGAAAAUUGGAAAAGGAGAAGAUUCUCGUGUUCACACCAUCCCGGCGCGUGCAAGGGAGAAGGGUGGUGUGCUAUGAUGACCGAUUCAUAGUGAAGUUGGCCUUUGAAUCAGAUGGCAUCAUUGUCUCUAAUGAUAACUACAGGGAUCUAGCUAAUGAAAAGCCAGAAUGGAAGAAGUUCAUAGAUGAACGCUUGUUGAUGUAUUCAUUUGUUAAUGACAAAUUUAUGCCUCCUGAUGAUCCUCUUGGCCGCCAUGGUCCAAGUCUGGACAAUUUCCUUAGGAAGAAGCCUAUUGUGCCAGAGCAUAAGAAGCAACCAUGUCCAUAUGGGAAGAAAUGUACCUAUGGACACAAAUGCAAAUACUACCAUCCAGAAAGAGGAAAUCAGCCUCAGCGAUCUGUAGCUGAUGAACUUCGUGCCAUGUCUAGAAGCACAGCUGCCAAAACUACAAGUGAAGGAGGACUGGUAAAAAGCAAUAGCGUUCCCUGUAGCACUAAAAGUGAUGGCACUUCAGAGCUGAAGCGUGCUGCUCCAAAGAGGCAAUCGGAUCCUAGUAUAAGGACUCAAGUCUACCAAGACUUGGAGGAAAAGCUUCCCACCAAAAACAAAUUGGAAACCAGGUCUGUACCUUCUUUAGUUAGUAUACCAAGUUCCUCUGCUGGAAAACCCCAAAGUACUGCACCUUUAACUAACGGCCUUCCAUCCGGAGUUCACUUCCCACCUCAGGAUCAAAGACCACAGGGACAGUAUCCUACAGUGAUGAUGGCAACCAAAAAUCAUGGAACACCAAUGCCUUAUGACCAGUAUCCAAAAUGUGAAUCUCCGGUGGAUGUAGGCUAUUACUCUAUGCUGAGUGCAUAUUCAAACCUCAGCAUGUCUGGACCACGUAGUCCUGAGAGGCGCUUCUCCUUGGACACAGAUUAUCGGAUUAGCUCUGUAGCCUCCGACUGCAGCAGCGAGGGGAGCAUCAGCUGUGGCAGCAGCGAUUCCUACGUGGGUUACAGCGACCGCUCUUACAUGAGUUCACCUGACCCACAGCUGGAGGAGAACUUGAAGUGCCAGCACAUGCACCCCCACGGCCGCCUUAACGCUCAGCCCUUCCUGCAGAGCUACCACGAGCCCCUCGCUCGAGUGCAGAGCUAUAGUCACGAAGAACCAAAGCAUCACCACAAAUCUCCCAUUCCGUAUAUGGCUGUGCAUCUGCAGCAUCCAGCAGUCGGUGCUCGUUCCAGCUGUCCGAACGACUACUCUGCACCUCAGAGCUCAUCUCAUUCGAAGACCCUGCAUCUGGGGAGAGCCUUGGUGUCCACAAGAAUAGACAGCAUUUCAGACUCGCGUUUGUAUGAAAACUCUCCGUUAAGACACAGGAAGCCUUACUCUGGCCAGGAAGGGCUGGGAGGUUGGGAUAGGCAGAGUUACGGGAUGGAUGCCUACGGCUACCGCCAGACGUACUCCUUGCCCAGCAACCCCACGCAGCCAUGCUACGAGCAGUUUGCCUUCCAAAGCCUUCCCGAGCAGCAGGACCAGCCCUGGCGCAUACCUUACUGUGGAAUCCCGCAAGACCCCCCAAGGCUCCAAGACACCCGGGAGAAGGUUUACGUUAACCUCUGCAACAUCUUCCCCCCCGAUCUCGUGAGGAUGGUGAUGAAGAAGAACCCUCACGUGACGGACGCUCAGCAGCUCGCUGCUGCCAUCUUAGUGGAGAAAUCUCAGCUAGGUUAUUGAGAGAUGACGCAUCUUUGUGGUGUCUCGUAGUUUUCAGCUCAGCUCUACCGCUGAGGGAGGUUUGCUACAAUAGCAUUUGGGAUCUCCUUCUCAGCAAGGAGGUUAUAUAGUAAUCCGUUUAUGUGAAAUAGUGUAUCAUGGAGUCUGUAUGUAUAGCCCCAUGCAUUGAAAGUACCAGAUAAGUUUUGUGUUCUAGUUUGAAAAUUUUUAAAUGGCUAUUUUCACAUCUGGAGGAUGUUCCAGUUUAAAUUAAUAUAUAUAUAUAUAUAUAUUAAAAAAAAAAAAUCUGUGG